GUUCACGGUGAACUCGCUCCGGUUACAAGGUCCGAAACAACAGCUCGAGCCGCCGCCGUCAGUCCGACAGCCGGCAGGUGGCGGUAAUGCGCCUAUAAGCUGCCGCUAUAAAAACAGGAAGAAGAGGAAGAAGAAGGUCCACAGUGCGCCUGCGCAUAAUCACAACCUGUAGUCGUUUGAGGGUCACCAUGGUUCGGGUUCAGGUCCGUGUGUGACUCGGUCCUCAGCCGCAGAUGUUCCGGCCGCUGCUCCGGAGGCUCCGGCCUCCGCAGCUCCUCUCUGCCGGCUCACAGCGCUCCUUCAGCGGCCUUCCUCCGCCGCUGCCCGCCGCGCGGGUCCGGAGCCUCUUCCUUGACUUCUUCCAGCAGAAACACGGACACCUGCUGGUCCCGUCCAGCCCGGUCCGGCCCCGCGGAGACCCGAGCCUGCUGUUCGUCAACGCCGGCAUGAACCAGUUUAAGCCGGUCUUCCUGGGGACCGCGGACCCUCGCAGUCACAUGUCUGCGUACCGGCGGGUCGUCAACAGUCAGAAAUGCGUCCGAGCCGGCGGGAAACACAACGACCUGGAGGACGUCGGCCGAGACCUUCAUCACCACACCUUCUUCGAGAUGCUCGGAAACUGGUCGUUUGGAGACUACUUCAAGGAGGAGGCGUGUAGGAUGGCGUGGAGCCUCCUCACAGAGCAUUAUGGGAUACCUGCUGACAGACUGUACGUGUCGUAUUUUGCUGGAGACGCUGCGUCGGGGUUAUCAGUCGACCAGGAGACUCGACAGAUCUGGUUGGACAUCGGGGUUCCCCCCGGUCGCCUCCUCCCAUUCGGCCUGAAGGAGAACUUCUGGGAGAUGGGGGACUCGGGCCCCUGCGGCCCCUGCACAGAGAUCCACUACGACCAUGUGGGGGGGCGAGACGCCGCGGCGCUCGUCAACACUGACAGUCCUGACGUGGUGGAGAUCUGGAACCUGGUUUUCAUGCAGUACAACAGGGAGGUGGACCACAGUCUGCGGCUGCUGCCCUCGUUCAGUGUGGAUACUGGGAUGGGACUGGAGAGACUGGUGAGCGUCCUGCAGGGCAAAAGAUCAAACUACGACACCGACCUAUUCAGCCCCCUGCUGGACACCAUCCACCAGAGGUCUGGCGUGGGGCCAUACGGUGGCAGGACAGGCGCGGCAGACGAGGGGAAGGUGGACAUGGCAUACCGAGUGGUGGCUGACCACAUCCGCACGCUGACGGUCUGCAUCGCCGACGGAGUUCACCCGGGCAUGUCAGGAGCCGAGCUGGUGUUGCGGAGGAUUCUGCGGCGGGCGGUGCGUUUCUGUGCUGAGGUCCUGCAGGCUCCUCAGGGAGCGCUGGCCAGCCUGGUUCCUACCGUUACCCACAUCCUGGGUGACGCGUAUCCGGAGCUCCACAGGGAGGCAGACAGAAUUGUCGAUGUCAUCAACGAGAACGAGGCUCACUUCCUGUCGUCUCUGCAGCACGGCAGCCGGCUGAUCCUCCGCACGCUCAGCAGGAUGGACUACAAACAUGGAGUCUUUCCUGCCUCGGUGGCCUGGUCUCUGCACAGGGACCUGGGUUUCCCUCUGGACCUGGUGGACCUGAUGCUGGAGGAGAGGGGGGUACAGGUGGACCGUCAGGAGCUGGACCGGCUGAUCUCAGAGAACCAGAAAGUGGUCUCUGAGCUGCAGUCGGAUCAGUCUCCGGUGAUGCCGGACGUUCUCAGUCUGGCGGAGCUGCAGCGUGACGGGGUUCCUCACACCGACGACAGCCUGAAGUACGAGUACAGACUGCAGCAGCACAGAUACGUGUUCCCAGCAUGCCGUGCGUCGGUGGUGGCUCUGUAUGACGGUCACUCUCUUGUGUCGGAGGUCAGCGAGGGUCAGCGCUGCGGCGUCAUCCUGGAUCGAACCUGCUUCUACGCCGAGCAGGGAGGACAGUCACAUGACCGGGGCUACUUCACCCGGGAUGGGCUGCAGGACGUGCUGUUCCCGGUGGAGGCGGUGGUCCUGGCAGGGGGGUACGUGGUCCACCAGGUGACUGCAGCCGAGAGCCUGAAGACUGGAGACCAGGUCCAGCUGCACCUGGACCAGGUCCACCGGCUGUCCUGUAUGGUGAAGCACACGGCGACUCACAUCCUGAACUUCGCUCUGAGGACGGUUCUGGGUCCGUCAGUCCAGCAGAGAGGUUCUCAUGUGUCAGCUGACCGGCUCCGCUUCGACUUCAGUGUCAAGGGCUCUCUGAGCGUCUCUCAGCUGCAGCAGGUGGAGAGCUGCGUUAACAGCAUCAUCUCAGCCAAUCAGAUCGUCCACAGCCAGGAGCUUCCUCUGCAGAGCGCCAGGAGCAUCGCAGGGUUGAGGACGGUGGACGAGGUGUAUCCUGACCCGGUCCGGGUGGUGUCAGUGGCGGUGCCGGUCUCUGAGCUGCUGGACAAUCAGACAGAUAGACAGACGUCUGUGGAGCUCUGCUGCGGAACUCACCUGCUGCAGACCGGAGCCAUCGAGGAUCUGGUGAUCGUGUCAGAGAGACAGCUGGUCAGAGGGAUCAGUCGAAUCGUCGCGGUGACGGGACGCGACGCCACACGGGCUCGGGAGGCGGGUCAGCUGUUGUCUCAGGAUGUGGACUCUCUGGCAGCCAGACUGUCAGGCUCCGCCCCUUCCGGUCUUGACUCCACCCAGCGUCUCGCUAAGGAGGUGGGCGUGGUCUCUGAUGCUGUAGACAGCACUGCUGUGCCUCAGUGGCAGCGCAGAGAGCUGCAGAGCCGCCUGAAAGCUCUGCAGAGGAGCAGCAACACUGCCACCAGGAAGCUGGAGAGCAGAGAGGCUGCAGUGAGAGCUCAGGCUCUGCUGGAGAAGAACGGCAGGAAGCAUCUGCUGGUGGACUCUGUGGAGACGGACUCUGAGUCGGUGGUGAUGAAGACGGUGAACCAGCUGAGCUCCGUCUGUCCUCAUAGUUACGUGAUGCUGCUCGCUCACCAGAGGCAUUCUGGGAAGGUUCUGUGUGCCUGUCAGGUUCCCAAGGAGACAGCGUCUCUCUCGGCCUCUGAUUGGGCGGUGGCAGUGUGUCGUCACCUUGGGGGUAGCGCCGGGGGCUCGGCGCUGGUUGCCAGGGGAACGGGGAGCAGCAGUGACAUCACAGCGGCUCUGAGGUGGGCAGAGGAGUUCGCUCGCCAGAGAACAGAACGGUGAUGUCACAUGAUAUUGUGAUGUCACUCCUCAACCAGUUGAUUAAAUACAUUUCAGACCAGGUUCCACAUUCAGUCUGUGUAGGAUCAGACGAAGGUACAGGUGACUGUAAGCCCCGCCCACAGCUGCAGUCGGGACAUUCUCAUUGGACGACAAGUUCAGGUGUGAAGGUUUAUUUAACAGGGAUGAUAUUUUUUACAUGUCUUUGUUUUAAAAGAAAUAAAAACGUCACAGCUCA